CAUCGCCAUGAGUUCUCCAUGGGCGUGCAUAUAUUUCGCUCUGUUUUUCCCAAUUUGGUGAAAAGGUUAAAAUCAGAAUCGAGAAAAAAAAAAAAAGGAAAUAAUGGCUUCGGGUUCGUCCAGAACCCUAAUGGAUUUCUUCAAACCAGCAGCAGCUGCUAAGCGCAUCAAACUUUCAUCCUCAUCACCUGAUUCAGCAGUCUGUAAAUCAGUCACUGCGCAUUGCCACUCCGAGUCCGAGUCUCGCCUCCACCACAGCCCCGAAGACGAUACCACCCUAACCAAUGCCCACCAAAAAGCCCGCAUGGAAUUCAACAGACUGCUAGCCAAAGCAAGGUUCAACCUCAAAAUCUGUUCCCAGAAAGUCUGCAAGGCCAAAGCAGGUGAAGGUGACGGUGAUGGGGAUUAUGUGAAAUUGGCGGAACUGUUGGUGGAGGAGACGUGGUUGGAAGCUCUUCCGGGGGAACUUCAGAAGCCCUAUUUCCUGAACCUCUGCAGGUUUCUGGAAACCGAGAUGUGCUCUAGCAUCCGUGUGCCCAUAUACCCGCCUCGCCACUUGAUCUUUAAUGCUCUCAAUUCUACCCCUUUCGACACUGUAAAGGCUGUUGUUCUUGGACAGGAUCCUUAUCAUGGACCCGGUCAAGCCAUGGGCCUUUCCUUCUCUGUCCCCGAAGGAACGAAGCUUCCUUCCAGCUUACUCAAUAUUUUUAAGGAACUGCAGCAGGAUCUCGGCUGUUCGGUCCCGUCGCAUGGGAAUCUACAGAAAUGGGCUGUGCAGGGUGUUCUAUUGCUCAAUGCCGUUCUAACGGUUAGGAAACACCAGGCUAAUUCUCAUGCAAAGAAAGGAUGGGAGCAAUUUACUGAUGCCGUUAUUACUACAAUUUCACAAAAGAAGCAAGGAGUCAUUUUUCUCCUUUGGGGGAACUCUGCUCAAGAGAAAUCCAGGUUGAUUGAUGAGACUAAGCAUCACAUUCUCAAAGCAGCACACCCUUCUGGUUUGUCAGCAAACAGAGGCUUUUUUGGAUGCAGGCAUUUUUCUCGCACAAACAAGCUUUUGGAGCAAAUGGGUGUUACCUCUAUAGAUUGGCAACUUUGACUUGGAUGGGCAGCCAGCUUAUAUCCGAAAGCCUUUUGUGUGUUCGCUGAAAUCCCUUUUGAGAUGCACUACUAAGACAAUUGUGGUUCUUCUGUCAUGUAAAUCCAUUUUCCACAAGACCAGGGCCCUUCCAGUAGCUCCACUAAAAACAGCACAUACAUGACCACAAGUCAUUGCCUGUUUCUAGAUUGUAUUUACUCUUCAAUGCUGAUGUACAAGCCCGCUGAUUCACUUAUAAUGAAACGAAGUUUUCCUUCAUUUUCCUUUCAGAUUUUGAGCACAAAUCUAGGCUUUUUAAGCUUGUAAUUUAACAACAAAUACUGGUAUAUUUUGUUUUUAUUAAUAUAAAACGUAAUUGUUAAGUAGUGC